AUGGGAUUCCCGACUUUUGCCCUCCUUUUGGCCCUGGUGCCAUUGGCCGCGUCUCACGGCGACCAUGGAGACUAUUCGAGACCUUCUAGGCGUCCUUCGAGACCGUCUUCGGGAUCCUCUUCCAGAGACUUCUCCUGCAAGAACUUGGUCAGCUUUUCUCAUAAAACGGAUGAUGUUUUUUUAAAUUUUUAUUUAAAAAAAUAAAUUUCUAUUUAUUUAUACGUUCACCUUGCGGAAGGCAGAGUGGUCACUAUAGGGGUUCUGGAAAAAAAAAACCACUAAGGUGGACAAAACGUAAUUCCCUAGAAGCUUAAAAUUCAGUGGGUCCUUAUAGGAAAAAUUGGCUCGGCUUCAAAAAAAAAAAGACAGAAAGAUGAAGUUUAGAUGACCCGUUUUGGAGUUUUUUUUCUUGCCGUUGAGCUCAAGUGUUCUCUACAGGGAUCUAUUUGUUCUCAUUUGAAGUUAAAAAUAGGUAUACCACUAGAAUGCCCUAGAGUUGUCACUUACUGAAACCCUUAGAGUCUUCAUUUUAGAGCCCUCCAAAGAAAGAGUUUAGGUGGUACCUCCAGGGGAACCUAUAAAAACCCUGGUCUAGGGCUGCCCAUAUAGUGACCGCUGUGACUUUCCGCAGACAAGUUUGAUCUACCAAACAAUCUCUAAAGCAAUCAUUUACAGUCAAACUUUACCAUUCAUUAUUUAAUGAAAGGCUCUAUAACCCAUGUUCUACUGUGACUUUGAAAAUGGAAUAUGAUGACUGGAACUCUGAAAAAAAAUUUUAAAAUUUCAGCCGGAAGAGGUGCAAGGCUACCACGCGGACCACCAGGCCAGAUACGUCGAACUGGAACGUCCUUUGAGAGAAGGCGACACGGUCAUCAUCCGCGGAAAGCUCGGACCCGGAAGGAAUCCCCAAAAGUAACCAUCAAUCAAAAAAUGAUGGCAAAUCAACGAAAAACAGACGGUUCUACCUGGACUUUGCUCGUGGACCUGUCCGCACCUACCGAACCCAGCCGAGAACUUUCCCGAGUACUUUCCAUCUUAGCGCUCAGUACGACACCGGAAGUCUCUACUUUGGCCGUUUCAACGUAAGUCGAGCGAGAAUAAAGAUAAUCUGAAGAGAGGCCAGAGAAAAAAAGCUUCAUGGCUUCCCUGGUGUCUCUUCUGAUUGCAUGUUAAUUAAAAGUCCAUCGAAAACGAGAGCAACGGUUUUCUGAAGAGACGCUAGAGAAAGAGAGUGUCAUGACUUCUCUGGCGUCUCUUCUGACGGCAUGUUAAGUAAAAGUCUAUCGCAAGCGAGAGCAACUGUUUUCUGAAGAGACGCUAGAGAAAGAGAGUUUCACGACUUCUCUGGCGUCUCUUCUGACGGCAUGUUAAUUAAAAGUCUAUCUCAAGCGAAAGAUCAACGGUGGUCUGAAGAGACGCUAGAGAAAGAGAGUGUCAUCACUUCUCUGGCGUCUCUUCUGACGGCAUGUUAAGUAAAAGUCUAUCUCAAGCGAGAGCAACGGUUCUCUGAAAAGGCGCUAGAGAAACAAAGUGUCAUGACUUCUUUGGCGCUUCUUCUGACGGCUUGUUGAAUAAAGGUCUAUCUCAGGCGAGAGUGACGGUGUUUUGAAGAGACGCUAGAGAAAGAGAGUGCCAUGGCUUCCCUGGUGUCUCUUCUGACGGCAUGUUAAGUAACAGUCUAUCGCAAGCGAGAAUAACGGUGUUCUGAAGAGACGCUAGAGAAAGAGAGUGCCAUGGCUUCCCUGGUGUCUCUUCUGACGGCAUGUUAAGUAACAGUCUAUCGCAAGCGAGAAUAACGGUGUUCUGAAGAGACGCUAGAGAAAAAAAAACUAAUCUAGAGAUAGGGGGCGCAAAGCCCCGCCCCUUCACGCAGCCAAAAUGACGAUUUUUUUGUUGCAAAAACGGUUUUGAGGCGUUUAUACUAGCUAAAGUCCCACUUUAAAAAUAAACUGUUUUCUGUUAAUCUAUGUAAUCGACAACGCUCUACAAGACUGAAUACUUUUAAAACUAUGUAUCUUUCAAAAAUAAGCGAAAAAGUAAGAUUUACCACGAAAAAAACUGACAAGUUUCACAAAAUCGUCGCGUUUCAGAAAACCAAGUGAGGAACGCUUCUAAAUUUUAAGUAUGUUAUACAUUAACACUUUCUUUAUUUCUUGAGUGAAAAUGAAAAAAAUCUACCGACGCGAAAAAAAUAUUAAAGCUUGUAAAGUGACACCAAACUUUAAAGCUGAAAUGCGAAAAAAUUUCAGCGACAUGGUAUACUUUUUAUUUGAUUUAAAAAAACUAACAGUGUGUCCAAAAAAAUAAAAAAAUUCAAAAUGAAAAAUAAUUAUUGGGACAGCGAAUCAAAUUAUAUUUGAGUUUUUACCAAAACCUCCUUUUUUUUCGUCUGCCUCGUUGACGCAUGAGAGAAUAGGAUCGCGUCUAUACUUUUUUUGAUUAUGUUAUUAAGCGUUCAAAAACUCUAUCAAUGAAAAAAAUUAUGAAAAAAAUCGAUCGACGCGAAAAAAAUAACGGCUUUGAAAAACCUCGAAAAAAAUGGCAAUUUUUUUGAAAUUUCGGAAGAUUUCGUGCAAGUGUCCGUAGCAGUGUUUGCGUCAAACACACCGAUGCGCCCUUUUAAAUGUCGCAGGAGCCGUUUUUUUCGGAGUCAAAUUGCACUUUUUUUCCUGUUUUAUUUCGAAAUAACAUCAUUUUUUUCAUUUUUUUCUUUUUUUCCAAAUCGAAUGAUAAUAAAUUUUCUGAUUAGAAAAAGAAAAAAAUAAGCUGAAAAAAAUCCCGUUGACCUUUUUUUCUAGGUAGUUUUUUUGAUAUUUUAUCAAAAAAAUUCUUAUGAGGAUUGUACAAAAAGAUUCAUGCCAAAACAUGAGGCUCAGUUCUGACAACCUCUCAGAACAGAAAACCAAUUUGAAAACGGUCCAGAAAUGCGCAAAAACAUUUAAAAAGAAAGCGUGCGGCAGCGGGUAAACCGUGAGAUUUUGCCUCCAGUUGUACGCCGCGCGCGCUCGUUUUUUGGCCAUAACUUUUUUCUUAGUGGAGCUUUUUUCGAAAACUAAACGGAUUAUGAAAAUGGACAGUCUCCUCUAUCGAACAGUGUGAAAAACUUAUUUUUUGAAUCGUUCUGAAGAAAUGGCUUGCGGCCCCUAUCUAGAGAUUCCUGCUUCAGAGAUCAGUUAAUUGAAGAGACACAGAGAAAAAGGAAUUCUCCACUCCAGUGAUUUUCAGAAAAAAAAAAUCAACAAUCUUCGUAUACAUCAUAUGCCAAAUCUUAGGAAAUUCUGAUUUCUCUGCGUCUCUUUCCUCUCGCCGGCGAAAUAAUGGGAACGGAGGGAUGAAUAUUAUGAGAGUAAAGAGAGCGUUCAGUAUGAAGCUAUGAACUUUAGGCGAAAGAAUUGGCCAAGAUGUGAAAAAAAUCACUUUUUCGAGGAGAUAAUAGAGGAAAAAAAUGACUUUUUUUCUCUGGACUCUCUACAGCCGGCGGUUGAUCUCUCGCCUUUAUUGAACCUACUUUUUAUUUUUCGACACGUUUCCGGUUUUGAUUGAGCAAUGGGUGUAAGGGAGAGAUCAACGGGGGCCUGAAGAGACACCAGAGAAGCGAGGAAUAGAAGGCGGGGCACUGUCUGCGCUCUCCGCUAACCAGGCACUAUUUUUUAUUAUUCGUGUCAGGACCAUUUUUCGAUGGAUUAAGCCAGCCGUUGAUCUCUUCCUUUUCUUUUCUAAAAAUUACAAAAUACUAGUUUUUUUCAACUAAUUUGAAAUCAGGGCAAAGAUUUCAUCGACUUCUGGACACUUUCCAACCCCUUCACCGAGGCUCGAUUCACCAUCCGAGUCGAGUAUGCUUCAUCGAUUUUUUGAAGAGUGAGACUUGGAAUUGAAGGAUCAAAGAGGACGGGUACGCGGUCUACAAGGACGACAUCUACCUGGCCACAUAUAAGUCCCGCGCCUACACCAGCGUCCAGGUGAUCUACCUGGAGAACCUCACUGUCGACGAGAGAGUGUUCGUUUGAACAUUUGGGAAGAGGAGGUUGAAUGUUCUGAUUCAGCCGUUGCAAGGAUCCGGAAUGCGCCCACCUGAGCGGUGAUAAGCUCACCGUCGUUAUUGGCGACGGGAAAAUCACGCAAACUCGUUAGUUUUACGUACAGGAAGUCUUGUUCUAAAUAGGGAGAGAAUAUUAUUUUUGAACUUCUGGUGGCUCUAAUAUCAUAAAUUCAGUCUCAAUAGAGCGAAAUUACUGUGCAGUUAUGGCUGUUAAAGACCUAUAUAUUUUUCUGCCACUUCAGCUUUUAUGCCCAAAAAAUUUGAAAGGGCCAGUACUGUAGGACAUUACACGCCAGCGUGUCAUAUUUUUUCACUUGAAAAUUACAGUAAACCAACAUUCGUUUCGAGACCUUUUUGAAGUCUAAAAUCGAUGCGAUUUUCAGGUGGAACGUGCCCAUACGAGCGCAAGUUCUGA